CGAACAGCUCACGCCCAUACCGGAGGGAGAGUACUGCCCGAGCGUUUCCACACCUCGCACGGUACAGUAGCACCAGCGUCCAGUCGCCUCUCCUCACACAACUCGCCCGAUGCGUCGCGGGACGGCCACCACCGCAUCCCUGCUCGUCGCCGCCGCCCUCCUCAUCCUGGUCCUGCCCAUGUCCUGCGCGGUCUCUGCAGGUCGCCGGCCGCCGCCUCCUCCAGCGCUGCCGCGAGGUGGUGGUGGCGGCGACGCCGUGCCGCGUGAAGGGAUGAAGCUGGCGGCCGUCGGGGCCGCGAGGCGGCUGGGGCAGAGGACGCCGGUGAGCAAGCCUCCCUCGCCGAAACCCCACGACAUGACUUCGAUGGCCAUGCCGCCGUCGCCGGCGCCACCGAUCUACUAGCUAGGGCCAAGGUCAGGAGUAGUGGAUACUGAUACGUGUAUGUGUUGACGCCCUCGACCGGCUGCGCUGCGCUCUUCCCAGCGGCGAUCUCCAGAUCUCUUCGUGGUUAACAACCAGCUGCUGUGUGCAAUCAUGGUUUUGCUACUGAUAGACUAUGGAACAGUAUACAGGAAACCAUAUUCUGCGUGGUUAACAACCAGCUGCUGUGUGCAAUUCUGCGUGGUGGUAGUACCAGACUACCAGUCUCGAGCGGUUCUCUGCUCACACACAGCUCGCUCGAUGCGUCGCGGGACAGCCGCCGCGUGGUGGUUGCUCGUCGCCGUCGCCGUCGACGCGCUCCUGGUCUCCUGCGCGGCCUCCGCACGUCCUCCUCCAGGUAUUUCUGAUCGGUGCCCCUUGUUUUUCCUCUUUGCUGUAUGCAGUGCAGAUAGUACAUCGGGACUGAUCGAUCGGUGCGAGGCCGCAUGCAGUGCUGCCGCGAGGUGGUGGCGACGCCGGGCUGGGUGGAGGGAGAGAGCUAGCGGCCAUGGGAGCUGCGAGGCGGUUGGGGCAGAGGACGCCGGUGAACGAGCCUCCCUCGCCCAACCCCCACGGCGCGUCGUCGAUGGCCGUGCCGCCGCCACCAUCGCUUACUAGCUAGGGCCAAGGUCAGGGGCGGGAGUAGUGAAUGCUCAUACGUGUAUGCGAUGGUGCCUGUGAUCGCCUAGCUAGGCAGCUAGCUAUGUUCUUCCCGAUAGCCGAUCUAAUUGGUACUUUCUCCGUUCGAAAAAGCUUGUCCCUCAAAUGAAUGUAUCAAGGUUUUUCGGACGGACGGAGGAUCAGAGAAGAACAACUUAGGCCUUGUUCGGUUGAGGUGGUUUGUGAGGGGGAUUGGCAGGGAUUGAGGGGGAUUAGAUCCCCUACAAGCCAAAUUUCUCUCCAAUCCACUUCAAUCCCCUUGGGAGGAGGAUUAAACGAACAAGGCCUUAAAGUGUGCACAAUACUUGCUUCGCUACUGAUAAAUUAUGGAACUGUAUACAGCAAACAUGUGGGGAUAUACACCAACCGAUGGCCUUGAUAAAUUCGAUGGUCUAUCUGUGCUGAAAGUGUACUCUGCCAAUUCAGUGUACACACACAAUUCGGUUACUAGCAAAAAUGUACACACAGUUGACUGCCAUUAAUUCUCG